AUGUCUGCCUAUGACAUCUUUCAGCGCAAACCUCGGUUUCUUUUCACUUCCUUCACUUUCCCUGCGAGUGGCUCUAGUGCUGGAGCAAAAUCAACGCCGCUCGCAAACCUCUUCAAAUCAAAGCCUCUCGCCCCGUUACUUGUAGCUGCGCCCCCUCCCCGGGCCCCUGCAUCAGGCGGAGUGAAGCCAACGUUCAAUAUCCUACACUUCCUUCCGCUCUCCUCAACCCGUUUCCUCGCACUCGUUCCUAUGCAAUCGAAUAGCUUUGCCAUCGCCUGUCUAUCCGGUAUAGGCCGCCUCUUGCACGUUCCCGUUAACGAAGUCACCCCAAUCCUCGGACCAGGGGUUGCCAUAUGA